AUGGUCGACCGAUUGCGGCGCUUGUUGUCGCUCAGCAGUGUAGUUUUCUUCAUUGUGCAAUUCUCCCACUGGAAGACGCAGCAGCAAACAAGUAUGAGGACUGAUGUCUUCGUGUAUGCUGCUCUGCUAGCCGUGUUGGCCCCAGUUUCGCGCCCUCAUCCGUGCUCCCCUGUAAUCACGAAGAUCAAUCACGACCAAGUGAAGGCAUUUCACCAGCCUAGACCCACGACAGAUUCCCAGAGGGCGGCCGUCAGAUUCAAUCCAACGGUCGUCAUUUCUUACGGAUGCUACCCAUACCCCGCAGUGAAUGCGUUGGGUCAGAUUAGCAAAGGUCUUCAAAAUUCGGGGCGGUCUGAUGGCAUGUGCAAGGGAUCUGGGCAUGGCACUCAAGUCUAUGGGCGUUCGACCUGGAUCAGAGGCAAAUUUGCCAUCAUGUACGCUUACUUCUCGCCGAAACAGCAGACGACACACGGACAGAAUCAUCGUUACGGCUGGGACUACGCUAUCGUCUGGCUCGCCACCCCCAAGGCAACGACGUUUCUGGCGGUGACGGCGGGCUGGAACAGAAUGUCCUACAAGUUCAAACCUGGCGAAAAGGCCGGAGAGAGCGUCAAGAUCGAGUUUGGGCUUCAUGGGGGUGAAAGGUUAAUCCUGGGGAUCAGCGAAAAGAAAGGUGGUGCACGCCUCCCCUUGAUCAUGUGGGAGCAACUGCCGUUUGCCGCCCGCUGCGCACUCAAUCAUGCCAGAUGGAUCAACAACAAAGAAAAGAUGCCCCUGAGCGAUGAACGUUUCCAGCAUCUUUUGGACAAGGCGUGGCCUUUUUGA